AUCAGAUAGAGGACAUAAUAGACCCAAAAAAACACCACCUCGAACGUGAAAUUUAAAAUAAAGUUUACACUAUCUCGGACAAAAAACUUUCGUUACAGCCCCCCAAUGUCCGGCACCUACUCAGGUCCCUGAAUAGACCAGAUAUGGUGAAAAAAUCAACCCCGUACUUGCGCAUUUCGAUAUAUAUGAAUAAAUUUGUUGAAACUGAAAACAAUAGAAUAACAAUAAUAAAUCAGGUAUUUAUCUGUAGUUAGAUAUUUCAAGUUUUAUAAACGCACAUACAAAAAUAAAACUGGGUGCUUGUCAGAUGUUUUAGGGCAAAAGUACGUGGUUAUAUUUUACGACUAACACUCGAAAUCUGUUACUGUGCCAAAAUCCCUAAAGAUGUAUCUCUGUUAUGUUGAGUGGCAGAUUAUGGUACUUUUUUAACUGAGGAUGAUGCGUUGUUCUCUUCUCAUCUAGCUGUUGUAUAUUGCUUAUUAUGUUUCAUGGUUAACGUAAAUAACAUUGUGUAACGGUGGGAUGGGUAUUUUCACCAGAAAUAUAUAAACUUCGUCCAGUAUAAUAAUAUAAUUGUAGAAAAAACAAUCUUAAUCAUGAAACAUGAUAAGCAAUAUACAACAGCUAGAUGAGAAGAGAACAGAUGUUAGUCAUGAAAUAAAAUCACAUACUUUUACCAUAAAACAUCUAACAACUACCCAGUUUUAUCUUUCUAUGUGCGCAAAAUAACAAUAAUCAUAGGAGCUGGAAUAUUUGACUACAACACACAGAAAAAUAUUCGAUUUCUUAUUAUUAUUCGAUUGUUUUCAUUUUCAAAAAACUUAUUCGUAACUAUAUAACACAAAAGUGCAUCCAACCUUCAUUGAUUGAUGUUAUAAGUCGUAUAAUGGCCUUCUUCAGUCUUCUAUGCUUUCUAGUCCUUCUAAUUCCACUGGUCUGUGGCCAUGGUUAUCUGCAAGAUCCACCUGCUCGUAGCAGUGCAUGGUUGUAUGAUCCUGCUUUUGAACAAUGCUGCACAUAUUCAAAUCAUAUGGAAAUGUUUUGUGGCGGACUGCAGCAUCAGUGGAACCAGAAUGGAGGAAAAUGCGGUAUUUGUGGUGAACCAUACGACAAAACAGACAAGGUGUGGGAAAAAGGUGGGAGCAUGUAUUUGGGAAAAACGGUUCGAACAUAUCGAAAAGGACAAACCAUCCGUGUAUCCGUCACUUUAACCGCCAAUCACAAAGGUUAUUUUGAAUUUCGUCUGUGCAAUGUCGACGGCUGGUCAUCAGAUGCGACACAAGCAUGUUUAGAUCAAAACGUGUUAGAAUUUGCCGAUGGCACACAUCGUUUCAAAAACGUUGGCGAUUACGGUAGCACAAAAAUUGAUUUGGACGUCAAGCUACCGUCGAAUGUUAAAUGUGAUCAUUGUGUAUUUCAAUGGAAAUACACCACGGGUAACAACUGGGGAACAGACCCACAAACAGGUCAGUCGUGUGGUGGAUGUGGCGCUGAGAACGAAACAUUCAUGGGAUGCGCCGACAUUCGAAUUGAUGGUGAAGGAAAUGGAAAUGAACCGACAGAAAAACCUCAGCCACAGACAACAAGAAAGACACAAGAGCCACCACAAGUUGUGACUCAAACAACAACACGGUAA